CGAGGGGUGGGGGGAGGGGGUGGGGAAAGAGAUUUUCAAAGGCGGAGAGGUACAAAUGAAGCUGUGAUUAAACCCUACUCAAAUAAGGUAAAAGAACAGACAAUUUCACAUUAUUAAAAAAAACCUCCGAUUCACAGAGACCUCAUCACUCUUACUUAGUCACCGAACUCCCCCUCCCCCCGCUUUGUAGUCUUGAGUUCACCCAUGGAUGGGAUUUCAUUGUAGGGGUACACGGAUCAAAUAACAUCCUUUUCGGCAACAAGCUCGUGCUCUGCGGUAGGAAUUGAACGCGUGCAGUUAAACUGGACUUCUCUGAGCCCCGUGAACACUUCUAAAAUCCAAGAUGUCUCAAGCAACUGCAAAGCGUGUUUGUGUGAUUGGCGCUGGUGCAAGUGGCAUGUCAGUGUUAUAUCACUUUCAUCAACUUAAAGCGCAAGGAAAAGAAGUACCAGAAAUCGUGUGCUUUGACAAGCAAUCUGACUGGGGAGGACUCUGGAAAUACUCCUGGGAGACUGGUAUCGAUCAACAUGGUGAAUAUGUGCACGGCAGUAUGUACCGCGGCUUGUGGUCUAAUGGCCCCAAAGAAUGUUUAGAAUAUCCAGACUACACUUUUGAAGAUCAUUACAAAAAGGCAAUACCAUCUUACCCUCCCAGGGAGGUUCUGUAUGAUUAUCUUCAAGGUCGUUGGUCCAGAAGUGAUCUUCGUCCUUGGAUUCGCUUCAACCAUGUUGUCCGCCAAGUGACCUACAACGAUUCCACCGACGACUUUUCAGUAGUUGCGAAAAACCUUGAAGAGAACAAAGACCUUCCUGUGGAGAGGUUUGACUAUGUCAUUGUGGCGACGGGGCACUUUUCUGUGCCGAAUGUACCUUCGUUUCCUGGUAUAGACCAAUUCCCUGGGCGCAUCAUGCACUCGCAUGACUUCCGAAAUGCCUCUCAGUUCAAGGAUCAGACACUGUUGGUGGUUGGCUCCAGCUAUUCCGCGGAGGACAUCGCUCUGCAAACCCUAAAGUAUGGCGCUAAGAAGAUCGUCGUCAGCUACAAGACGAGACCAAUGGGCUUCAAGUGGCCCCCGCAGAUCACAGAGAAACCAUUGCUGACUAAGAUUGAGGGCAGCACCGUCCAUUUCAAAGACGGCAGCAAAGAUGACGUGGAUGCCAUCAUUCUAUGCACAGGGUACCUCUUCUAUUUUCCCUUCCUCGAGGAAAGACUGCGGCUGAAGUCUGCCAAUAUUCUGUACCCUGCAGGACUCUACAAGAGCAUCCUCUGGACCCAGGCUGGAAACAACAAACUGUUGUACAUUGGAAUGCAGGACCAGUACUACACCUACACCAUGUUUGACGCACAAGCCAAGUGGGCCGUCAACUACGUCACUGGAGAACUCAAACUUCCUGACAACGAAGCCAUUGAAAAGGAUUGCAAGAAGUGGAUUGCAAGAAUGAACGAACUAAAAGGCUGUGACGAUGAGAUCGACUUCCAGACUGACUACCUAGUCGAUAUCGCCAAGGAGGCGAAUUAUGGCUACGACCUGGACACCGCUGAAGAAUUCCACGUUUGGGAAAAACACAAGCGAGAUAACAUCCUUACAUACCGAGAUCAAAGCUACGCAAGCAAAUUCACGGGAUCCAAGUCACCAAUUCAUCACACUACCUGGAUUGAAGCCCUGGAUGAUUCCAAGGAGACCUUCCUAAACACCAAACAGUGAAGGAAAGGCAACGGACUAAAACUGAAAAAGGACCGAAGUGAUUUUUACAUCUGAUUAGAAAUAGGCGAGGAAAAAUGUGCAGAACACUGCAAAAAUUAAGUUAAUGGAACCAGCUAAAAGCAUUAGUAGCAACAUUUUAUUAACAAUACUGUGUAGUAGCAUUUAUACGCUUAGAAGCAUUGAGUAUUCUCGGCGAACGUUUUGAGUAGUGUUCGAAGCUCUCUUAGUGUUUUACUUGAGAUUAGCAGGUUCUACUGCUAUGUCACGUAGUUUUUUUUUCUUGUUUUGGAACCAAUACCAAUAGAACUCCAUGAAAAUCAAAUCUUUAGUUAGACUUCUGUAACCAAUCGAUUUGUGUACGAGCGACACAAUGGUCCAAAGGAUACAUGACCUAAUAAAAUUGCAAUAUGACGUA